GGAGACGGUUGGAGUCUGUUGAUAGCGCUGCUCCAUCUGGAGCUUCUUUCCACAAACGUGUUGCUGCUUCAUUGUUCUCAUCGUGGAGGAGGCGGAGGAGGCCACCAGUGUAACCUGCAGUCCGACCCGCGAACAUCACCGCCACAAACUUCUCUCUUCACGGACCGGCGCCACAAUCACACUUGUAAUCCACCAUGGGGAAAGGCUGUGUGACAGCGACCAAGUAUUUCUUGUUCCUCUUCAACCUCAUCCUUUUCCUGCUUGGUGUCCUCAUCACAGGCUUCGGACUCUGGCUUCUUCUCGACAAUCAGAGCUUCAUAGUUGUCCUGAACAAUAACCUCUCGGUGAAAGUUGCCUGCUACAUUCUCAUCGGGGUCGGAGCGUUCUCCAUGUUGAUGGGCUUCAUCGGAUGCGUGGGGGCCAUUUAUGAGAUCCGCUGCCUGCUGGGCCUGUUCUUCACCUGCCUCCUCCUCAUGCUCGUUGCUCAGAUCACAGCUGGAGCGCUCAUCUACUUCCAAAAGAGCCUGGUGAAUGAAGAAAUGUCCAAGAUCGUGUCCCAGGUGCUGGAAGACUAUCCGGGCAACAGCUCGACCACGGAACAGGCCUGGGACUUCAUCCAGAGGAAUAUGGAGUGCUGCGGUUGGAACGGUCGCCAGGACUGGAGCGGGAACAUGAUCAUUGUCAACAGCUCUCAACUGCUGUUCCCCUGCUCCUGCCAGAAUGCCUCGCUCUCGGCAGCAAACGUCUCGGACAGUGGAUUCUGUGAAGCUCAGACGCCCGACUGGCCUGUUUAUGACGUGGGUUGUGCCACCAGUGUGGAGAGUUGGCUGCUCACCAACAUCGGCAUCGUGCUGGGUAUCUGCCUGGGAGUGGCUCUGGUGGAGGUGCUCGGGAUGAUUCUGUCCAUCUGCCUGUGUAAGAACAUCCAGAGAGAAGACUACACCAAAGUGCCCAAGUACUAACCCUGUGAGCCCACUUCAGAUCCUCCCUAAAUAUGAACUUAUUGCUUCCCCAAAUGUUACGUUUUUCCUUUCACUUUGUUAAAUCAUUCCACAUUUACGUUGCUGUCGACCUGCAUUAGUCAUUUCCCCUGGAGCACUUUAGAGUUUUAAACUUUGCUCAUCAAUGCUGAACAAACAAGGGGCUUGUGGCGACUAAGGAGUUGAAAACCAUCCAGAGGGUUUAAUAUGAUUUAUAUGUGACUGCAUGUCAAAGGGAGAGUCAACUUUUGUUUUUAUGAGUUUUUAUCAAAUGUUUUGAAUGCUUGUAUAUAAUUUUAGGCAUUAUUUGUAAGAAUUUUGAAUCCAUGUAUUACUUUGAAUCAGGUUUGUCCUUUUUUUUUUCCCCUCUGAAUUUGUUGGAAGAAAUAUUAAAGUGCAGCUGUCUGACAAAGGAUUUGGCUGCUCGAUUGCCAUUAGGUUGCCAACAUUGUACAUAAAGUGUUAGCUCAUAAAACGUCAAUAGAAAAAGGUUUGAGUUUGGAAACGGGAGAGCAAAAUUUAAAUGCGCAUUUUUCCAAAUAUUGCUGAGUAAUUCAAGUUUAAUUAUUUUUUUUAACUUAAUUUAUACACUGUUUGAACUUCAGAGCAAAGAUUUGUGUUUUUAUAAUGUACAAAGAACUUUCAUUUUUCCGUCCUGUACAUUCUGUAUGAAAAACCACUAACCUGUUACUUAACGAAAGAAGCAAUUUGUCAGUUUGUUCUGUGAAUGUGUUUUGCACACAAGCUGAUUUACCUGUUUCCUUUUGCCAAUAAACCAUUUCCAACAGUUAAAA